UCCUCAUAUUAUUUUAUUUUGUUUUAAAAUUUGGUGAAUUUCAUAUAUAAAGAAAAUCAUUGUGUUUUGUGGUUAUCUCUGAUCUCUGGUCCAUCUCUAGUCCACAGCUGGUUCACAGAACAGCUCUGGUCUAUGUCACUGAUUUGUAGAACCAAGUUGUUUACAAUUUUAAUUCACAAUUUUUUAAAUAAAAGUGUUUAUUUUUGCCAAUUUGUCCAUUCAUUUUCAAGAAAAAUAUAAGAGGGUUAAUAAAAAUCUAUUAAAUUACCAGCUGUUGUUGAAUAUAGUUUGCAAAAUUUGUCUCAGGAGGAACAUCAAAGUGCCAAUUAAUAGAACCUGUGAAAUAUAUAGAGUUGGUUAAUUUUUCUUUAGGUUAAACAUUUCUCGGUAUACCCAUUUCUCUAUUUCACAAUAAUCAGUAACUCAAUAACAUGAAGGAAUUCAGUGAAGAAGCAGAAUUGCCCAUUCAGGAUAUUAUUCGUACGUGCCAAUGCAAAACCCACAACAAGUACUGUUUGGACUAUGAUGACAAUCAUCUCAAUGUUGAGUGUGCUCUAUUCAAAAAUAUUAAGAAAUCAUUUGGGCAAGAUUGCACAAUGAAAUGUCAAUCUAUACAACAUGGGGAUCAUAUAACAGCUGCCAUUACUUCUAGGGAAGUGUCUGAUGUUGAGUUGUGUUCUUAUAUCACUUACGUGUGUAAAAGAUGUGGCACAGUGCGGGAUUCAGUGGGACGGACAGCUUUACACGUUGCCGCUUCUUGCGGUCGCACGGAGUUAGUUCGAUGGUUAAUAGAGCAGGGUAAAGCUGAUAUAAACGCAAGGGAUAAAGAGUCCGGCUUUACAGCACUGCAUCGAAGUAUAUUUUAUGGUAAAAUUGCUACAGCUGUUCAGUUGAUGAAAUUAGGAGCAAAUCUAAACCAAAAAGACUACGAGGGUUUAACAUUCUUAGAUCAAGCUUUACUUCAUCAAGCGGAUAUUCCUUUAUCAACAUCAGGCCGAUACUAUUACAGUUCGGGUAAAACCACGAUCAAAUUAGCAAAUCUAAAGCGAAAAGACUGGGGUCUAAUAUUCUCAGAUAAAAUUUUACUUCAUCAAGCGGUGCCUUCCUCGAGAACAGGCCUACUGCACACUUUGGGUAAAAGCACGAGCGAAUUAGGAGCAAAUCUAAACCAAAAAGGCUACGAGGAUCGAAUAUUCUUAGAUCAAGCUAAUCAAGCGCUUAUGCCAUUAUCAACAUCCGGCGAACUGUUUACUUGGGGUGAUAAUACCAACAAUUCGUUAGGCACACAACAUCCUAGAAGCACGCCUGAAGUUAUGAGUAUAUUUCAUAAGACCUAUCCCAAAGAAAGUGUGCAAGAUUUUUUUAUUGAUCAGUAUCAUAGUGUAAUAUUGUCACAAUCAGGAAAUGUCUACUCAUGUGGUCAUGGUCAUGGAGGUCGACUGGGACUUGGUAAUGAUCGUACUGAACUGGCACCAAAACAGAUAACAUUUGAAAGGGGAGCUGUAGAAAUUAAAGAAUGCAGUAUUGCUAAGAAUCAUAGCUUAUUUUUAUCUACAGACGGGCAGAUAUAUAGUUGUGGACUGAACACGCACGGAGUUCUUGGUUUUGACUCGUCUGUUACGGAGGUUGUUCGUCCAAAGGCUGUGAAAUGCAAAUCAUUCAUAGAAUCAGUAUUGGCCAGUGAGUAUCAUUCGGUGGCCUGGAAUUCACAUGCAAUGUUUACUUGGGGAUUAAAUGCUGGCCAACUAGGCCUUGGUACCACACUCCAUUAUUUGGUUUAUGCUCCAAAAAAAGUGACAAUUCUGGACUUUAGAGAGAGUUCUGAUAGAAUUAACUUGGUGUGCACCAGCACUGGAGCUAUCGUAAUUAGCACUAUGAGGGGAUUUGUUUAUACUCUACAUGAUCACGAAUGCAGACCCAUUGCUUGGAAAUUACAUGAUAUAUUGGCCAUAUCUGCUGUCGGAGGAAAAUUUAACGAGGAAUUGUACCCCGAAUUGCGAAACAAAAGUAGCGAUCUUAGAAUAGCAAUUGUGAAAACUGACGGAAGUGUACGGAUCUGGCAAAGUUUUGAUCGGGUUUUUCGCAUGUGCCACUUCUCUAUGCAGAGUCCCGGGAUCGUUACCGAUGUCAGCUUUAACGCCUGCCAAUUACUUUUGGUCACCAAACACGGGGAAGCUUUUAAAGGUGAUGUUACCAGGAAAACGUACAAGCGAGGCGUAGAGUAUAAUGGCAGACCAACAAUAAGGGCAAGAAAUGGCCGGUAUCGCUCCUCUGACCGGAAAAUUGACGGACUCAUAGUGAAGUUGGAGAAAAUUCCUCUGGUUUAUCGAGCCCUUAAAAUACGUAGCGAUCCCAAAGGAUCUAAUUUCGGAAUCAUACAGAGUUGGCCAUACAAAAAUUCUCGAUAUCAUCGUUUUGAGGAACAGGACAUUUAUAGUGUAUUAAACGGCGGGCUCAUGGAAUUAUUACAGACAGCGGAUCUAGAAGACGGUCUAGUCGAUGUGGUUAUCAAGGCUAGUAAUCGCGAGUUUUUAGCCCACAGGUACAUUUUAGCCUCCAGGAGUCCCUAUUUUGCAAGGGUUUUAUCGGAGAACCCAAACAUAACCCCAACUAUCGACCUGGAUAAAUUCGAUGCGGAUAUUUUCGAUCAGAUUCUCAGAUUUAUCUAUGGCCGAAGAGAAAACGAAAUAUGUUUGGGGAAAUUUCCAAAGGAAUCGGAUAAGAAGAAAUCCGUUCUAAAAGCGUUUAGAGAUGCGGCGAUUAAAUUCGAAUUGGACGACUUAAAAUAUUUGUUUCAAGAGGUCAAAACGGAUUUAGGGGAUUUUUUGCCGCCGCUUUUUGACAUUUGGACGUUUGAUAGAUUCGCCUUCCAGGAUUUUUUCGACGUCUGGGUAAAGUGUUCGGAUAACACGAUACUCCGUGCUCACAAGUGCGUUCUGGUGGCCAGAUCCGAGUAUUUUUCCAGUAUGUUCUCCGUUAGAUGGAUGGGGAGAAACAAAUCGGAAAUCACUCUAUCGUUCACGGCAGACGUUGUAGAUCGUCUGCUUGAUUUCCUCUACACCGACGCUGUCAAGAAAUUAGACGAAAUCGAGGUGGAUAAAAUCUGCGAUAUAUUCAAACUGGCCGACCUUACAUUAGUCAAAAAACUGGGACAGAUCUGCGAGAAUGCAUUGGCAGAUUCCUUAACCAUCAAAAAUGCACUUCCUCUGCUCACUUUUGCUCUAUCCGUCGCCGCUGUUUAUCUAAAAACGAAUUGUUGUCGAUUUGUACAGCUAAACAUGGCUAAUUUCCUGGAGUUGCGUUUAUUGGAGGACUUGGACGAUGCUGUUCUGGCUGAAUUAUCUGAGUUUUACCAGCAGGCUCUUGAAUUCGGUUCUAAACAAAUAACACCGUACUCUACGGCGCCAUCCUUUGAGCAAAUGACAGGGAUAUGGGCGGAUAUGUCAAAUGACAGGGAUAACGAGGUUUCUAGAAGUAACAAAGUCAAAAGGAAAAAGAGCGCAAAGAGGAUAAGCAGUUCGCAAGACGAUGUACCAGUUGCAGAGAGCUCAAUAGACCCCUCACAGUUUUCAGGUGCCAGUUCCAGCUCUACGAAUGAUCCCGAUUUAUCCACAAGUUUAAACAGUGUUUCUCUAACGCCAGGAGGUGAAUUGGUUGGACGUCGGGUCAAGGCCAUAACCGCUGCGCGGAAUUUGGAUUUAAGUGACGAAGAAAAUUUUACGGCGCUUAAUAAAUCGGACGGUUCCAAGAGUCUGAGCGGUUCCUUCGUGGACGAGUACGAGUUUCCGCUGCUGAGCAGUGCGCAGAAGGCUUCGGCGUCUCGAAACACCGCCCACAAAUCGGACGCGAGGCGCAGCAUGCCCAAACUGUCUCAGAAGCAGAGAAAGAGAUUGAGUUCAGAGAGCGGUGGUUCUGGAGCUGUAUCUUCUCCGCCUUUAGCAGAAAGCCCAAAGAAUCCUUGGAAGGUUUUGCCAAGUCCUGUCACCGAAGUUAACAGGAAAGAAGAAGGUAUGGAAAGCAUUAUAAUUGAUGAAAAGAAACAAAAAGAAAACCUAGUUAGAAUGCAGAAUAAACCAUUGGCGCUUACACAGCUUGAAGAUAAGGCCAUGGUCGAACUAGAACGCUUUUAUGGAGUAGGUCAGGUAGAAGAGGAACUUAUAUCUGUGGAAAGGGUAACCACGGGUAUGGUAGCCGCUCCAAUAUGGGUACCCAAAUAGGGUAGCUGUACUGUAUAUAAAAAAACGAAAUAAAUAAACUAUGUAAAUAGGUUUAAAUGUGGUUAACUACACAAAAAAAUGGAGAUUGAAGGUUGCUGCUUGGGUGUCAUAAAAUAUAUCAUAAGCUGGCGUCAGGUUUAUACAGGAGUUUAAUGUACUAGUGAUGUUCUCUGAAGCAUAUACAGUAUGUCCGCGGAUUGUCUUUACAAGAGGAAAAACUUUUUUAUCGACAUUUUGAGAAAAAUGUGAUAAAAUCUUGAAUCCCGUUUAUAUUUUUCCAA